CGCCUCAUUGUGUCGUUUGGACCCGGACUGGACGCACCGCAGCCCCGCCUGCACGCCUGUGAGCGGCCGCUGUGUCUCGGUGGAUUUAUUCCCGGAGCUGUGGGAGGAUUUUGCUGCCGGUUUGUUGGAACUAAGCAGAGCGGUGCUUUGGAUUAAUGUGACGGGCUGGAGACGGAGCGGAGUCCGGCUGCCGGUGCUCCGCUGCUCCCGGAGAUGUACAGGAAGGAAGAUUUAUAAACAAGAAUUAAUCAGGGCUGGAACCGACAGCUGGAGUCUGGACUUCUUCUUCUUCCUCUACCUGGAUUUGGACAUUUCUGCCUCACUGAUUGGCUCUGCUGUGAUGCUGGUUGUGAUUGGACAGUCCUGAAUUCAAGGACGUCUGAGGGGGUCCACCCCCGCCUCCCUACUCUGAACUUCACCGCUGUCAGCUGACCGGCUGGAGGCUCCACCUGCAGAUUCUCUCCCUUUAACGUCCAUCAUGACUUGCUGACAUCACCUCCGGCUGCCCCCCCCUCUUCCCCUCUCUUUCCACCAAAAAUGGCCUCGACCACCCGGCUGUUGCCGUUGCGACUGCCGCCACCAUCACCAUCGCUGCUGCUGCUCUUCACGCUCGCUUGCUGCUCCUUGUCCGAGUCGGCCUCGACCACGUCCUUCCCCAAAGACCUGCAGCCGAUCAGCGUGGUCAGCUGGGAGCAGUCGUAUCAGUAUCCUGGUUUCCAUGGUUUGCUUCAGGACAACGACACGCUGCGUCUGGGUUUGGACUUUCAGAGGAUGUUACGGAUCAAUCACAUGUUGUACAUCGCAGCCAGGGAUCACGUGUUCGCUGUGAAUCUGACGACGGCUUCAGACGACUUCGUCCCGCAGCUGAAGCUGACAUGGAAAUCCAAAGACGUCAGCAAGUGUACGGUCCGAGGGAAGAACAGCGACGAAUGCUACAACUAUGUUAAAGUCCUGGUGCCCCGAAAUGACGAAACUCUGUUUGCUUGCGGCACAAACGCUUUCAACCCAACCUGCCGAAACUACAAGAUGACGUCCUUGGAGCAGGUCGGUGAGGAAGUGGUUGGUCAAGCUCGAUGUCCCUUCGAGUCCGGUCAGUCCAACGUCGGACUGUUUGCCGGUGGAGAUUUCUACUCAGCUACCAUGACGGACUUUCUGGCGAGUGAUGCCGUCAUCUACAGAAGCCUGGGAGACGGUCGACCCGUCCUCAGGACCGUCAAAUACGACUCCAAGUGGCUUCGAGAGCCUCACUUUCAGCAUGCCAUUGACUACGGUAACUACGUCUACUUCUUCCUGAGUGAAAUCGCAGUGGAGUACACCGCCCUGGGCAAGGUGGUGUUUUCUCGAGUUGCCCGGGUUUGUAAGAACGACAACGGAGGAUCUCCAAGAGUCCUGGAGAGAUACUGGACGUCCUUCCUAAAGGCUCGGUUGAACUGUUCGGUUCCUGGAGAUUCCUUCUUCUACUUCGAUGUUCUUCAGUCUCUCACCAACGUUCUGCAGAUCAACCAGAGACCUGCAGUGGUCGGAGUCUUCACCACUCAGGCCAACAGUAUCCCCGGCUCAGCAGUUUGUGCCUUCUACAUGGAUGACAUCGAGAAAGUCUUCAACGGGAAGUUCAAGGAGCAGAGGACCAGCGACUCGUCCUGGACUCCGGUACCCGAUGAACAGGUUCCCCGACCGAGGCCUGGUACUUGUGCAGGUGACGGUCCGGCGUCAGACUACAAGUCGUCGGUUCAGUUUCCCGACGAGACGCUGACCUUCAUCAAGUCGUAUCCUCUGAUGGACGAAGCUGUUCCCUCCGUCAACGACCGACCCUGUUUCACCAGAACAUCCAGCAGGUCCAAAUUGACCCAGAUUGUGGUGGACGUCUCGGCGGGACCCUACAAGGACCGGACUGUGAUGUUCCUGGGCUCAGACGACGGACGAGUCCUGAAGGUUUUGGCGAGCACGCAUCCAAAUGACAGCUUGGGAUCCAAACUGCUGGAGGACAUCGACGUCUAUAACCCAUCCAAGUGUAACGUUCAGGGUCAGGAGGACAGGAGGGUUCUGGGUUUGGAGCUGGAUAAGGACCAUCACGCCUUGUUCGUAGCCUUCAGCAGCUGCGUGAUCCGAGUGCCACUCAGCCGCUGCACUCAACACGGAGUCUGUAAAAAAGCCUGCCUGGCCUCCCGUGACCCAUACUGCAUCUGGCUUCGCACCGGGAGUUGUGCCAACAUGGCACCGGGUUUCAAGGCGGGGUUUGAGCAAGAUAUCGAGGGCGACCACUCGUUUCACUCCGACAGCUGCCACGCUGACGUGUUGGCGACGACAAGGAACCAGGAGUCUGCAGCCGAUUCGGCGUACGGAGUCCGUCGCCUCCCGGAGCUGGACCAGCGAGCUGGUGCUAACGUCCACUACACGCUGCUGAUCGCCUGCGUGCUGGUGGCCUUCUUCCUGGGUGCCAUCUUGUCGGGUUUCCUGGUGUCGUGCUACUGCAGCCGGAGCGCCGCCCACCGGGCCAGGAGGCUGGGGAAGGACCCCGAGGCAUCGCUGCCUCACGCCCUGUCGCUGAGGUCGCUGGCCAAGCUCAACGGGCUGCUGGACGGGCAGCCGAAGGAGGACAAACUGGACGUUUCUACACCGAAGAUGUACAGUUCCUUCAUCCCCAACGGCCGGGCUGAGCCUCACCUCCACACCCCCGGACACCAGGGCCUGCCGCUGGGAGACCCCGACCUCAGCCUGUCCCAGUCUCUCUCUCAGGCAGAUGGAGAGCUCUCCGGCCUUCCUACACCUGACUCCACCCCGGAGCUCCCCAUCAAGAACAUGAAGGCCCUGCGGCACCAUCAGUAUGAGAAGAACCAGAACUGCAACAACGCCAAGGACAACAACCCAAAGUCGGGGCCAAGCUGCUCUGGAUCCAGUCUGGGUUUCAUGGCCGUCGUUGGGAACUCUUUGACCCAGCAGGUGUAUCCCUUCUCUCAUCACCACGGUAAUAGUUUGAGCAACGGCUCAGCCCUCGGAGCUGGCGCCUCCUCGACUUCUCUUCACCUCCCCGAGGAGAGGAAGAUCUCAAAUGAUGAGCGAGCAGCAGCAGCAGCAGCAGCAGCAGGAGGAGGUGGUGGAGGAGUCCCACAUCACCACCAAUCCCAGCAGUCCCUCCCCCAGACGGUGGUGGAUGUGUCUGCACUAGACGAGCUGCUCAAACACAUUCACGAGGUCAGCGCGUCGGGAACCGGAGGCAUCAAGGUUCUCACCUCCACAUCCUCCUCCUCCCUGUUCCCUGGACCGUCCUCCUCUGCCUCCACCUCCGGAGGGCAUCACCAUAAUCAUCACCACCACCAUCAUCACAGUCAUCACAGUCAGACCCGUACACACCACUACAACCACAGCCAUCACCAUAGCAACCAUCACAACAAUAACAGCAGCAGCAGUCACCAUCACCAGCAGCAGAUCCCUGAGACGGAGUCGGCUCCGUAUUACAGCACCUCCACCCUGCCGAGAGAUGGCCUCCCCAAACGCCUGGACGCCCCUCCUCAAAACUCCACUUCAUCGUCUGCCAUCUCUUCAUCUUCAUCCUCCUCUUCCUCCAACAACCCCACGUCCUCCACCUCCAUCCCUUCUUCCUCCUCUUCCUCCUCGUCCACUCCACUCCAGCAGCAGGUGAUUCCAGAAAGACCUGGAGGAGGAGGCGGCGGCGGCGGUGGUGUAUCUGUGGCUCGCCACCACUCUCAGCGCCACUCCCUUAUUAAGAUGGGCAGCGGAGGCGGCGCUGUACCCCGUCACCACAGCUUCAACCAACGGGGGACACAUGCGCACUUUCUAGCCAGGAUGAACACCAACAGCAGCUGCAACGUCCCCCCGGCCUCUGGUGCGGCAGCUAACGCAAACAUCAGCACCAACGGCGAGAGCCAGCGGGCGUCGAUCGCAAGCACCUGCCUCACGCGGCAGCACAGUUACAGCGGAGGGCCACACGUGCAACGAGCAGCCAUCGUCAGGAGAACAGCAUCGCUUAAACCCCAAGUCCCUCCAAAACCGCUUUUCCUGCCAAAUACAGCAACUUCGCCCGUAGCAGAGGCAGGAAAGUACCACUACUGAGACUGUACGGGGAAGUGGCGCCACUCCAACAUGGUCGCUGCAGUCCUCGUCGAGAAAAGCUCUUCAAAACGCCUGCUGGGCCUAUAAGAAAUGACAAAAUGAGAACACUGAUGGGCCAGAAACAAACAAAAGACACUUGUCCCCAUCACUCCUCAUUACGACCCGUCAGUUGUGGUUAUUUUCCUGCCACUGAGGGGAUGCCGUCUGUCGCCUCUCUGAGUCACGAACGCCGCCUCACAGCCACAAAGACAGACACUCUGUGGAUAGCCAAAUAAACAACAUCUCUGACUCAUUUCUUCAGAGGUCGAGACUCACAAACUGCAGAUCAAAACCAGCUCAGACGAGAAACAUUCCAAAAGCAGGCCGAAAGACGUUAAAGAUUCAAAAGGAGUCCCCAAGGCUCGAGGUGGCCUGAAAAAUUCUGGAUUAAUGCAGUUUUCUUAUGAGCGCUUUGAUCUAAUGUCCCCGGUUGUUGCACCUUGGCACGUGGCCCAGAUUUCAUUUGCAAAGAUUUAAAAAGCAGGGAAUUGGACUGCUGCAGACCUGACAUGAACUGAAUCUGGGAGCGCUGUAUUGCUGCGAGUCCAACGAUGGCAUUUCCUUUCCACAGGUGAUGUCACACUAAAAUCAUAUUCAAAAAAACCCAGUGGAUAAUUCCUACCUUUGCUUUGUUUGUUUCUGAGUCUGCUCUGGAAAAUUGAAAUCGACAGGAAAGCUUCACUCUGUGGAAGGAAGAAAAAAACAAACGAGUUGAAAGGAGGAGACGAAACUGCAGCUUUUGUUGUCGUGUACUUAAAGAGAUGGAGAUUUUUGCAGACCAACACUUCAGCUACACUCAGAGGGAAAAGACACUAAUGCUGCCUGAGCUAUGGGAUCACAUAUAAGUGUCAAAACCUGGCAGCCGAUACCCUGACAGUGCACAAACACCAGAUGAAUGCUCCUUUUUAUACCAUAUUGGUAUCUAAACAACAAAAAGCAACCCAGCAGGUGAUUGUGGAGGAUUUCUGAUAAAUGCUUCUCUUAAAUUACUAAUUCAUGCUUUCAAUACACUUAAUGAUCCCACAGUUUAAUAAUUUGCAAUUACCUAAUUGAUCCUCUUGAAUUAAUAAUGGCCCUCAAAUUAUUUAAUUUGCCUCCUGCCUAUGUCUCUACCAGGGAACAUCUGCGGGAUCUAUAAUGUGCUUAAUGUGGUAUCGAAUUAAGCUGUAUUAAAUGCUCUGCUGUUUGUCAGAAAUCUUUUCUCAUCACCGACUGAGCGCCGCAGUUUUUGACAGGAUGAAAUGUAUUGGAAAGUUUGGUUCACCCAAAUUACAGCAAGCAACGUUUUCUCACUCACGUUGUUGUGCAGCGGUUUCCAGAGUGGCUGUUGAGAGACGGAUUGAGGGCAGUGCAGGGGUCGCUCGGGUCUGUUGUUUCAUUAAUUGCAGUUUUAUCUUCAGACAUGUCAGAAAGAAAAAACCAUGCAUCAAAGAUAUUGUAGUAGCAAGACUAAGGCCAGUGUUAAGACUUGAUCAUACUCCCUUGUGGAUAUGCACACGGUUUGCUUGGAGCAGUCUAAUCCGUACGUUACCCCACACAGUCAUGGAUUUGGGAAGAUCAUUUAAUUUACGUCAUGUGGAUGCAGAAAAUAUUGCACUAGCUUUAUGGUUUGCGUCCACAGGGGCGUUUUUGGAAGCAGGGGGUUGUACUGUUUCCCAGCAUUGUACGCUAAAUUGGCGUUCGACUAAGCAGUGCUACAACAGAUGUUAACAGCUUUUCACCAAUACUAGCUACACGCUCCAACAGCAAACAUUGUUUUUUACUUUCUCUUAAACUACAUAACACUUCACUGAUUGUGUUUCUGGAAACAUCUUGAGAAACAAGCUGUUUAGCUGCUACAUCUGUCUUUUAUUUUACAUCAACAACAGUUAGUUUAGGAGUUUAGGAGGUGGUGAGUUGAAGCUGGACGCCGCUUAUUUGCAUAAAGUAGCCAAGAUCUUAAAUUUAUGCAAAUGAAGAACAUCCAACUUGAAGCUCCAUCUUUCAAAACGCAACAUGCUGCUUCCAGAAUGUAGCUUUGUACACAGACAACAAAUGGAAAAUCUGGAAAGACGGAUCUUGCUGAUGCAAACUGUUAUGCUAAUCUGUAAGUACGUGAGGGUCCGCAUGACAUAAAUUUUGUCAUCUUCCCAAGUCCAUUAGAGUAUAUGAAGCCCCAAAUUUGCGUCCUAUGUCUGGCUUUAACUUUAAAAUUGCAAUACAAAUCUGGAUUGGCCAUAGGCAUGAGUAUGAUUGUGCCCUACAAGACUUUCUUCACGAUAAAGCAGGUGUUGGUAAUGGUUGGAUGAAAAUUGCAAUGUCCAUUAAAAAAAAAAACUGAAUCAAAUAUUUCCCCCAAACUGUUCAGCCCUUUUAUUGGUUAAUAGAAAAAUUUAAACUACAGGAAAAGCCUGUGGAUCAGUAGAUUAUUAACAUUUAUCCUCACUGAGACAUAAGUGAGACAUAAAAUUCUGCACCAAAUAUGUCCAUUAAUCCAACAGCUGUUGAGAAACUGACCUGCAUGACAACCUGCAUACAUUUAAACAUCAGUGUUGUUCGUUCAAAUUCAGUCUAGUCACUUGUGUUCAAGUGUCACUACGUGUUACUGAAGUCUCUGUAGGUUUAAACCACUUUGUGAACCGCUGCUCUCGUGGUGUCCAGCUGUGCAGAUCGACCGGGUUUGAGAUUUGUGUGUCAGACUCAGUGCAGGUGGAUGCAAUACUGUGUAAUCCACAAAACACACUGGACACAGCUGUUAGAGGGAGUAAUUCUUCAGUAGUACUAGUUUUUAUACCGAGUCAGUGUCACUGUGAACAAGUAAACCCAAAUUCUCUGUGUAGCUGGACAGCACAAGGGGCGAGUGAGAAUAUAUCGGAUUAUUUUGGUGGUAAUUUGGGUGAACGCGUUGUUGUCGAGCCAUUUUAUUUCCUUCACUUUGACAGAGUUUCCAGUACGACCACAGUCUGCUGCCGACUACAGUCUGUGGGGGUGUUUCUUUGCUGAUGCUCUAAAAAUACCCGACUGUGAAGCGAAUCUGCUGUUUCCUGGUUUACUUUUACCUCCCAGUGUUUCAAGAACUCUUUCUAUUCUGUGGCUGCUUGUUCUGCCUGUGCUCUCGGCCUGCAGCGGUCGAAGGUUAACACGACAACACGCAGGCAACAUCUUCAGGCAACGGAGACGAGCGAUACUCCCAGCAGCAGCAAUAAACGUUGGCGACUGGAUUGGAGCAAAUAUCUCUGUAAAUCAAGGAAAAAGCUCCGUGAAGCUGAAGUACAGAUGGUGGAUCCAAAGAGCUGCGAGUUGGCUCUCUGUGUUGCCUCAACAUGUUGCUGCGCAGGUUUGGUAAAGAUUGAAAAAUGAAUGUGGUUAUUUUAAGAUGUGGAAAGAUUAGAGAAACAGAACCGAUCCUAAUGCCUGAAGGUAGGCGGAUUUCUGAAGAACUGGCUGCUCUGCAUGUUUUAACCUGUUAGCUGCAUAAGUGAUGCUAUAUUACUGGUCAAAAGAGACAAUUUUGGUUCAAUUCUGGUUUCUGACUUUUGCAAUAAACAACAGAAACUAUGAGAAAACACCUGAGCUGCACCACAUGGAAGGUUAAAACUGUGGGACGAUUUAAAGGUACAAAAACAAGUUGCAGUGAUUAAAGAAAGAAAAGGUGCUGACUUUUUCUUUUAUGCUUCUGCAAACCCUGUGAUGGUGCAUUUAGGGAGGCUUGGAAAUCUGAGAAUUCUGCAAAAAUAACAACAAAAAACAAUUAAUGAGACAUGAGUCAAAACACCAGCAAUAAACAAACAUCCUUUUAAUGUACACAUAAUAAAAUUCUAAUUUUUAGAAGCUUGGGGAUGAUUUAAGAUUUUUAAUAAUGCUACAUCAAUUAUUAAUGAUAUUUGUAAUUACAGUUUUAGACAUAAAGAAAGCAAACUAAAGAUGAUUACGGAUUAUUUUAAUGCUCUAGUUGAAAAUAGUGUUUUUGUGCAUGUUGUAAUGGAGCUGCAUGAGGAGUUGAAUGAAUUUGAGCAUUUGCUUAUGCAUGUUUAUGGAGUCACUACAACCUGCACAAAAAGCUUAUUUUCAUGAAAAAAGUAACAGUCGACAUCUGUUUUGAAGCCUAAAAAUAUUUUUUUGUGUUGGUGUGUGCGUGUUCUUGCAAUUUGCAAAGUAAUAGCAACCAAUUAAAACCGUUAAUUGUUGUUCACACCUGUGUUGCUAGAAAUUGAUUUCCAAGAUGCAUUUUUACAUCCUCCUAAAACAACAACAAAGUAAAGUCAUUUAAUCUAAUUUAAUAAAAACAAGUAACUUACUGUUCUCUGUGACUGAUCAUCUUGGAUUAACUGAAACCAAGUCUGGAAGGCAGGAAAUCCCUCUAAAAAUGGAUGCACAGAAUAAUGUGAUUGGAUGACAUAAAAUUUUCACUCAAGGUCCACUUACUGAGCUUUCUGCUUCAUGUUUGCGAACAGUUAUGCACUAUGAAUAGUUGUGAACCACUUCUCUGUAAUCAUAAUCUUCAAAAAUUUGCCCACCGUUAUGUUAGCUGAAUCAGUUUGGGAAGACAGUGAGGUGUGUUUUUAAAGUCCUGGACAAAGCUAGUAAGCAGACCCAGAGUUAACACGACUAAAUUUCCACGUUGAAGAGCGCCAAUUUUCUUAUUUUGUGCAAAACAUCAGCAGGAAAAUCAGAUUUCUUAGGAGAAAAAAGGCAGAUCAGUAACAACAAACAAACUUUUUUCAGUUCACUUUGAAGCGUCUGUUUGGUUCCCGGCAGCCGGUGAGACAGAUAAACAUCCGGCAGCCAGUUUUGGUUUUAUCUGGCUCGCUCAGCCGGCCGGACACAUACUCCCGGAGCAGAUUAAGCAAUAACGAAGCGGCGGUGAUGCUGCAGGAGACUGGUUGUGAAGUCAGCUCCAGACGGGUCGAGAUGCCUCUGCACCAAAUGAUGCAACUUUGAUGCCGCCAGCCAUCGAGGGCGGAGGUGCUGAAAUCUGGGAUGCUGUAAAAGUCACGGUGCAUCAGACGCUUCCAAACCAGACUCAGUAGUUUUGUUCAGGUUUAAUAAAAGAGGACAAGGCAGAAGUUUAUUGAUUCCUACUUACUGUAAAGGGGAGAUUCAUGUCAGGGCCUCAGUUUGAGGAGGUUACAUCAUCCUCUUUCAUCUCCGACCCCAAAUCUCUCGUCUGACUGGAACUGCCGUUUGAUGUAGUGUUGUUCUGGUUGCUGGAAGGCGGCUGCCUGCAGGAAUCAAAGUCUAAAUUAAUGGGUCGUGUUCACUAAAUCUGCACUACAACCCUCAGCGGCUGAUUCUGUAGUUUCUACGGCAGAACAAACAACAUUUUAAAGAGGGUGGAUCAUAAUGAGAGGGCUGGUUCUGUGCCACAAAAGAGGUUAUAAGUCUGCUCUGCGAGAUUUGAAUCACUUACCCCACUUAAUGCGGAUUGCGAAACCACUGCUGAGCAAUUUUUCAAGGCAAAGUACUUUCUAGAUUCUCUCCUUCGUGCAGUGAUGCAAAACAUUUCCAUAAAACAUAUUUCUGUAGGAAGCAGUGACCGGUUUGUCCUUUAUGGGUGCAUUCCAGGACAAUUUGAUACCCCAGAAAUCUCAGUCUGCUGGUAAAAUACACUGCUGGAUAUUUAAAACACGGACAGACAAUUAAACGUGGAUGUCAGAAAAACAAUCAUUGUUUGCUGAAAAUAAUAAAGGUUUUGUUCAGACAUUUGAAGCUGAAGUCUCUGAUGUCAGACUGCCCUUGAACACUCCAACACAGAGAGUUUUCGGUCUUUGAUGAUUAAAACUAUAAAUACAAAAGUGCUCAUUGUCUGCACAUUGAUUUUCCAUAAAGUAGAACCAACCAACAAAAGAAAACGCCUCCCCUGUGGCUGUGAGAUGAAGGUGAAAGCUCAUAAAGAAGGACCAAAACAUUGUUGAAUCAGAAUAAAAAUGAGAAAUUUCCACUGUUUCUUGCUUCUCCAGAAUAAUGAUCUGCUGCUGUUCUCUUCUCAAUGUAUACUGAAUACCUUAAAGAAUGGACUAAAUAUUGGGAUAUGUAACUAACAUUUUACAUAAUUAGCUCUCUAAUUGAAGACAAAAUCACCAUAUUCAUGGAAAAUAAAAAAUGCUAAUUCAGUAAUUAUUUAGUACCAACCAAAGAGUCUAAAAUUGUCAGAUAACAAAAACUGGGAUUGAUUUUCUUGUAAUAUUUGUAAUUUCGAUGCAUUUUUCUUCAGGUGUUUCCUGAUUUACACAAAAAAAAAUUUGCAUCUUAAGUUUGAAACCUUUGCGGAAAGACUUGUCCCAUUUCUCAGAUCUGUACAGAAGCACAGAGACAGUCUGGUACUAGAAACUAAAGAACAGCCAAAAGUACCUGAAUGGUCCUUUAAAUGGCCCUACAGAGCCUCUCCAUGUUAUAGUUACUUUUGCACCAAACAGGACACACAUGCAGACAACCAGCCUGGUUUCCAAGAAGCUACAAUAAAAGUAAACAGAAAUAUGAGGUCAGAAAUUUCACCUACAGAGCAGACGUCAUCAUUUCUAAAUGCUUUUACUUUGAAAUCCAACUGUGACCUGCUCAAAAAUGUGAUUGAAGAAAGAAAACUAAGUGAUCUGCAGUCAUAGAGAGCCAAAAAGACAAACCGAGGAACAGGACUCUUAGAUUGUCAGAAGGAUACUGAAGCUUAAUUAAAAGGAGACGCUGACGUUCACUUGUGUUCUGACUGAUUAGGAAUGUUUUCUCUGGGUGCUACUGCGGGGACGCUGGCUCAUUUUAUAAAAGGGUUUUUGUAUGAGGAUGCACUUGUAACCUUGAAAAUAAAUUUGUUUAUUCAUUUCGUGGUUCUCGUCCUCUAAACGUGCUCUCUGUGAUUCAGCUGGAGAGGCGGAGGGGGAACAGAGACGCUGUGACGCGACUGAACAUGGACUCACAGCGCCACCUGGUGGGCCAUACCAGAAUGACAAUGUAAUAAUGUCAAACACUAUUAUGUUUACCUUACUGCUAUUAAUUAACAAUGUGGAUGAUGGUGUAAAUAAAGGCUACUGUGGAAUAUUAA